CCCUCAUUCCCUUUCCCCAUACACAGCAAACAUUCAUUUCCAUGACCAAAAAAAUAAAUUCAAGCGAAAGUUAUGUUUGGUGUUUUGCUGUCAUUUUCAUCCUCCUCAAAUAUCUCAACUUCUACAAUCGUCAGCUUCAGCUUCAAGCCAGCUACAGCUUGUUCUUGUUCCUUCUCAAUUGUUACGCCGACUUAAAUUAUAAUUCUUUUAAAAAUUCCUAAAUAAACAAAUUAAAAGAAUAAAAAUCAAGUGCAGUCAGUAUUUUAGUUAGAGAAUUUAUUAUUUUAUUUCAAUCAACCGGGGCCGGAUAAAUUGUGUCAUAAUUUUUGUACAAAUCACAAAAAUUCUCGAAGAAAAACUCAAUCUCAAAGUUUAACCUGUAUUAAGGCCCAGCUAAUAAAUUAUCUUAGCGUGGGGAAGAUUUUGUAAGGAUAAUUUAAUUCAAAAAGACGACGGAUUCCAGAGAGAAACAGAAAUUGUGUGGUCAUGAACAACGGCUUCAGUACGGGCGAAGAGGAUUCGCGUGGUCACACCGACCAGAUAUGUUGUCUCAUAGAUGACAAUGAACGGUGCCAUCGAGCAGCUGGCUACGCUUCAUAUAGCAAACGUAUACAAAAGACUGUUGCCCAGAAAAGACUUAAGCUCAGUAGUGAUCCAACAGCACAACAUAUUUACAUCUGUGACUAUCAUAAAGGACGCAUCCAAAGUGCAAGAACAAAACGCCGACGAAAGGAUUCGGAAGAUGAUAGCAAUGAGACCGACACAGAUCUGCCCGAAGUCGACCUCUACCAGCUGCAAGUGAAUACUCUGCGACGAUAUAAACGCCAUUACAAGGUGUCCACAAGGCCCGGAAUGAAAAGAGCCCAACUGGCCGACACAAUCAUGAAACAUUUCAAAACGAUACCGAUUAAAGAAAAAGAAAUUAUCACAUAUUUCAUUUAUAUGGUCAAAUCCAACUCGAAUAAACUCGACCAGAAAAACGGUAUAGGAAACGACACCACUUGAGUAGCACUUCAGCCGCCACCGCCGCCCAAACGCAAUGCAGAGAGCAAUCCUAAACAUUAAGUUCUAUAUAAUAUAAACUUACACAAACAAAAAAAAGAAAUAUUUUUUUAGCAUUGUAAAAUAUACUAAAAAUUUUAAUUUUUUUUCUUUUGUUUUUGCAAAAUAUUAUUGUAUUUAAUAUUAUCAUAGUUUGUUUUUUAAUAAUUUUAAUUUUUGCAAUUUGUAAAUUAAAAAUUUAUAUUUAAAUAAAAAUAUAUAUAAAUAUAAAUGCAACUACAAUUAAGUUUGUAAGAAACAGAAGAAGAAGAAGAAGAACGAGAGAGAAAGUUACAUAAAGAAAAGAUGAAAUUAAACAAAAAAAAAUAGAAAACUAUGAGAAAGAAAACCCACAAAAAGUAAACAUCGAUGUUUAGUUUAUAAGUGAAAACAAAAAAAACUUACAUACAUAUUAAAAUUAGUCUAAAUAAUAUUAUUGUUUAAGUAUCUGUCGUGUAAUGAGAGAGACAACUUUGUUGUCUUUAAAGCAAAACAAAACAUAAAAGAAGAAAAGCUUAAUAUUCAAAAAAUCUGACAAA